CCAUUGCUAAUCACAGCAUGGAAUUACAAACAUCACAAGUCAAUCAUGGUACCAGUUCAUUAUCACAAGUGAUAUGUGACCAUAAUACUGCAGGACAGAAUCACAGUCAUCACUCAAGCUCACAUCAUCUCCAGCAUUUACAUCAAACAACGUCACAUACAUUGUCAAACAGUACAUCUGCACUUCACCUACAUUCUUCACCAACUGGGACCUUAACAGCAACAUCAGCGCAUCAUCAUUCACAUUUAGCUCAAGUACAAACCCAUCAACAUGAAAAUCCAUAUUCGCAAGCCAUUCAAAGUGAUAAUGAGAAAAAUAAAGUACACAAAUUAAAUAUUUACAAUGGUAGUAGUGGGUGUGAUGAUGAUUUGGAGACAAGUUCUAUAACAACAAGUAAUGCGAUAAACGUCGGAUCUUCAACAAAUUCAACAGCAAACUUCAUGCAGCAAACGGCAGUAGAGUGGUUAAACGCGAUGAAUGAAGUCCAAACAUCUAUCGAAGACAACCACAGUUCACAAGGAAGUUUAUCUGGCGAUGGUCACGGUGGUGUCAAUCAGCUGGGUGGCGUUUUUGUCAAUGGACGUCCACUUCCCGAUGUGGUACGACAACGCAUCGUUGAGUUAGCUCACAAUGGCGUCCGUCCAUGUGACAUAUCACGGCAAUUACGGGUUAGUCACGGAUGUGUAUCUAAAAUAUUAUCAAGAUAUUAUGAGACUGGAAGCUUUAAAGCCGGAGUUAUAGGGGGUUCCAAACCUAAAGUUGCCACUCCACCUGUUGUGGAUGCAAUUGCUAAUUAUAAACGUGAGAAUCCAACGAUGUUCGCAUGGGAAAUUCGAGAUAGACUUUUAGCGGAAGGAAUAUGCUCGCAGGAUAAUGUACCCAGCGUAUCAUCAAUUAACAGAAUUGUUCGAAACAAAGCCGCAGAGAAAGCAAAACAUGUUCAUCACCAUCAGCCACAACAUCAUAGCAGUAGUUGUUCUGCAGGAAACAGUGGCAAUUCUAAUCACAAUGCUGUGGACAGCGUUGAAAGCAAUGGCAAUGAUUUGAAUCACCAGCAGCAACAAAAUAAUUCUAAUAACUCAAGUAAUAAUACCACAUCAGUUAUAGCACAUGCCCCGGCGACCACUGCUGCGGCAGCGGCAACACAUUUGCAGGAGCAACAGAAUAUACUUAAUACAGCAGCAUCAACCACAACGCUAGUUGGAAAUGCCAAUAAUAGUCACAACAGUGUAGAACACCGAUCGACAGGAUAUAGUAUAAAUGGAAUACUGGGUAUACACCACUCUACAGAUCCAAACGGAAAUUGCAUUAAAAGAAAACGAAUCGACGAUCAUGACGAAAAUCGUGAUGUUAACAUGCCUUCUGAGGACGACAUAAAAAGACAGAGGAUAGCUUACAGCGGUGACCAAAUUUAUUCGAAUAUUUGGUCUGGAAAAUGGUGCAUCAAAGACGAGCAUAAACUCCUCUCCGAUUUAGGUAGUUUGACUACAAACAGUAAUACGGCCUAUUAUGAUACCCAUAAUAACUUUCCAGCAGCAGGAGCCGUCGGAAAUGAUGCAGUGAUAUAUGACAGUAUCACAUCAAUAUCGCAACCUCAGAAUUCGCUAUAUACGCCGUCCAUAGGUGCAUCCAUUGCUUGUGGAUCCGUUGUGCCUACCACCGACUACACCUAUAAUCCGGCAUACUCACAGUAUGGGUCAGCAUACGGGUCUUACGGAUAUACAACUGGCACUGGUCUACUAAAUUCUUCUUACUACUAUGAUGGGAGUCAAAGUCAAACAACGGGCGCCUUAAAUCAAGAUAUGCGAUCGCCUCUAGCAGCCACCCGCGCCAACUCAUUGGCUUCUGCUGCUUCACCGACUGGAAGUGCCUGCACGAAAUCGGAAACAUCAGACAUAUUUUUGGUAUAGUAACUUAAAAAUAUAUAUUACAUUAAGCAUUGAUGCAAUAAUACGAGUACUUAACUAAUAUUUAAGAGUAUAGCAAACACAUUUAAAAUGCAACCAGGAAACUUAAUUCUUCCUGUUGUGUUUAUGAAUCCUCGCAAUAAUGUACAAUGUUAUGUAUAUUUCUGGAAUAUAAGGAAGUGUGUGUGAAUAUAAAAAGAUAUAUCAAGAAUAUCUAAAAGCGCAUAUUAUUUUCAGCAUUGUCAAAUGAAGAUAUCAUCUUGACACAAAAUAGUUUAAAACAUGCAACUUCUUCUGAAUAAAAUUAAUACUCACGUUGAAAUAUGUACGGCAGCUGCCAUCUUUCCAGUGUAAAAUUUUACUAAGAUGCCUAUUUAGAGAGAAGGUAUUUUCAUAUUCCUACAUAUAUUAAAAUAACGCCACGAUAAUAAACAUCUAACUUAAUGCACUACAGAAAACAUAAUUAUGAAAAGUUCUUAAAGUAGUGUUAUUGAACUCUAAGGCAAUUACUUUUUUAAGAAAUUAGACUUGAAAUACUAGCGUUUGUUUUAAUAGAAGAGAGAUUAAUAAAUCGAACAAAUUAUAUCAGAUGAUUAAGCGAACGUUCUGAACUUGUGGUGAAACUCUUAGCUAACAUGUCUUUUGUUGCAUACACAAUUGUGUGGCGAUUGUGUUUUUGGUGGAAAAAUUCUUCUUUUUGCGUAAAGAACGAUUUACAAACCUAUUAGUUUUGUUUUAAAAUUUUUCAAGUUUCAAGUUCUUACAUUUACAUUUACACCACUUUAAUAAGGUAUUCGCCUACUGUCUUGUAUGAAUCCAACGCGAUAGCUUGGUUGUUAUUUUUACACGAAAAUCUUUUGACAAGAAAGCAGCUUUGUUGUCGGUGUAUGCUCGAAACAAUUCAUGUUUAUAAUUAUUUAUUAACAACUUAUAUUAUGCAUUUUUACUAUAUCUAACUUAAAUGAGGUAGGGUGCAUGCUUUUAAAACCCUUUAGAUAGUAAUAGAUAUAAAGUGAAUAAAGAAACACCUAAAAGAUAAGUUAACAGAGUUCUCAAUGCGUGGCUAUGUUUCAUUCUAACAUAUACUGCCAAAAUUCACAUAUUUCUCAUUAGGGCUGGUCUCAAAAAUUAUUUUCGGAAUGUUCUAUAUCACAAAAAUACCAACAAUCUCGCCUCUGAUUAUUUAAACGAUACAUACAUACAUCUCGAUUAUUUUACACCCACAAUAUUAUGAGAAUAUUAAAAACACAAUUUUAAAGCAUAUCAAUUUCAAUUUUUAAACAUAUCGUGCUUGUUAUAUUUGGGAUGGCAAAUAUUGUAGUCUUCAAAUUGAAUUCCUCAUCAAAUAUAUGUAUGUAUCAGUCGAAUCCAUCAAUAACAGUUCUUAUUUUGUUGGAUUUUCUUUUGUGUUUUUUAAUUCAACAAUCUUAUAAUUCUUAUGUCAAAACACUGAACAAUUUAGUAACUAAAAUUUGUACCGAGGAGCGAAAUACAUAUGUAUGCAUGUUAGAAAAAUCUGUUUCACGGCCACUGCAUUUCAGAACCCACGAACCACCAAAUUCUUGCCUGGCAUUCAAAUGACUUUAGCGAACUAUUGAGUUCAAGUAAUAACAUUAUGUUAUAACUCUAUAAGCCAAAAAUAAUUAUUAUCGAUUUGACAAAACCGAAUAUAAUAACUUACACAUGGUGUGCAAUUAUUUAAUACUCUGGAAUCCUUAAAUGGAUUAAGUAUAAGUAUAAAUUCCGUUAAUGCCCUAAAGUAAGUAAUGACUUUUUAUAAAAUCUUAAUUUGAGUCAGUUAUAAUAAAUAAUUAAAUCGAAAUGAUCAACGUCCUUAGGCUUAAGCUAAACAAUUAAAAAUAGUAAGAAUUUCGACUGGAUACACAAACUAGUCACAGUUUCUCUCAUGUUAAUAAUUAGUGUGGGAAGUAUCGAACACUUCUAUGAAACGGGUAUUUUCUAAAUAAAAAAUAUGAGCAAAAUUCCAAUAAGUCUCAAUCGCGAAAAAUAAGUUUUGUACAAAUAAAUAAGAAGAAAGUUGAGUACUUCAAUACAUAUGAGUAACGGUAUCACAGAGUACUAUUAAGUUAUUUUAAGUAAAUAUUGUUUAUUUUAAGUUAUAAACACUGUUAAAUACUCGUACACUGAGUUUUUGGUCACUUUCAGUAGCGCGUUUUGAGCACUUUUCAUAUUACUGCUCAAUAUAGGAAAUAAUCCCUAAAUACAAAAAAUAUUAUUACUUACCUUGGUGAUAUUAGCUGUCAUCGAUUGGCUAACUGCUAUAGACAAGCCAAUCGAACAAACUUUCCUAAUUUCCAUACAAACUGGCAGCACUGAAAUCGAAUUGUAUAUACUUGGUCGCACUGAACUCUUCAACCACCGUCUAUGUCUAACGUUUUCUACAACAAAUUUAAUUUUUAUUAAAGUUUUUUAUUCAAUAAAUUCAAUACAAAAAUACUGACGAUUUAUCUUCGCCUGCCCUUUUCAAUUUCAAAUUUGUGUAUAACAAUUUUUACAGUAAUUUUGACAGUAAUUUCUCCUUUGAGCCGUUC